AUGCCAGCAUGUGCUCUUGAAGUGGAGCUUGCCAGCCGUGCGAAAGCCAAAUUUAUCAUCAACCCCGGAGCUGCUAUCAACCCUGGAACCAGCACCUUGCAAAGACAGGCUUUCGUGCGCGUGGUGAAGCAUGUCCUUGGCCUGUUCGACCUCACGCUGGUUGACUGCUGGGCAAAUCUGUACCGGGGUGAGGAUGACAUGAAGUCCAUGCACCAUGACAAUUACCAAGAUCGCACUCCGAGAGCCACAGUCACCAUGGGUGUAAGUCUCGGGCAAGCGCGGCAUUUCACCUUCCAGAACCCGGUGACCAAAGAAGAGCACAGUGUGGUCCAGGAGAAUGGUGACAUUUUCGCCUUCGACGAGCCCUUCAACAAUCUCUUCAAGCAUGCAGUUCCGCCCGAGGACGUAGGCACAGCACCCGGCAAGAGAAUUGCCAUCAUCAUCUGGGCCAAUGAGGAGGAAGCUGGGGAUUUUUUUGAAAGUGCAACAUGUGCAGCGUGUAGCCAAGUGCCAAGCCAAGGGACCAAGGCAAGAUCGGUUCCCGAUCGGAGCAUCGACGUUUUCAGGCUACGUUCCAGAGGGGACGUCUCGGUGGUUCAUGGUUGGGAUGUUUAA